AUGGACAAGGGUGGGACUCUGCAACUAAAAUCGUCAAAAAAAGGCAUCUUCAAAGCCUUCUUCGCGACAAUUGUGGAGAAAGCGAAACCAAGUACUGCGGAACUCCUUGGACUAGCUGCAGUGGUUCUUUGCUUGAACUACCGCCCAGCGGAUUUUCUUCUUCAGGUGUGUCCAUGCUCCAUGCUUCAUGCUCAUGUUGUGUCUCACAUCGGAAUACCAUCGAGUGUAGGGCAUAGGAAUCUUUUCAUCAACACUGACGUAUUUAUACCCGAAUGUUGCGAAACCGCCCCGCAGUGA